UAACAUCCAGGCUAAACUGUAACCAAAGCUGAAAUGCCGUAGUCUUAAAACAACUGAAUUGGUUCAAAUUAAGUUAUUAUCAAGUUAUUAACAAAUAAUAGGCAAUUUAUUUUAUUGAUUCAUUAUUUUAUUUGGCGACUACAAAAACAAAACGUUCACUUUUGGAAUUGAAAAUUGUUCUAAAAGGACCACAUUUUAUAGGCCUAUCACAAAUUCAAGUGCACGUUUUUGGACAUGAUUUUGCGUUCUAAUUUAAUUCCGCCUUUUUGUGGUGAAAGUUGCACGGUUAUUUCCGGACAUUUUCAUCGCAGGCCGUAGUAAUUCACCGCAGCAGCUGACACUUCUGUAGUCGGAGGUGAAGGUCUGAGGUCGCUAAGUAGCUCAGUAGCAGCAGCAGCAGCAGCAGCAGCAUCAUGGCGGAGCAAGGCGGAUCUCCUGCUCCUGCCCAGAAUCCGCAACCAGUGCUGACAAUGAGCUGGCCAAUUACCAGGGAGUCUUACGAGUUACAGGAAGUCAUAGGCAGCGGGGCCACAGCCGUGGUGCAGGCUGCCCUCUGCACCCCCAGACAGGAACGCGUGGCCAUAAAGAGAAUAAACCUGGAGAAAUGCCAGACCAGCAUGGAUGAGCUAUUGAAAGAAAUUCAAGCCAUGAGCCAAUGCAACCAUCCAAAUGUUGUCACCUACUACACCUCGUUUGUGGUAAAGGAUGAACUUUGGUUAGUCAUGAAACUUCUGAGUGGAGGAUCCAUGUUGGAUAUAAUAAAGCAUACAUUUAGCAAAGGAGAGCACAAAAAUGGAGUCCUUGAUGAGCUCAUCAUUGCAACCAUACUGAAAGAGGUCCUUGAGGGACUGGACUACCUGCACAGAAAUGGACAGAUUCACAGGGAUGUGAAGGCUGGGAACAUCCUGUUGGGAGAGGACGGCUCUGUUCAGAUUGCAGAUUUUGGAGUUAGUGCCUUUUUGGCCACUGGAGGAGAUAUGACCAGAAACAAAGUACGGAAGACCUUUGUGGGCACACCAUGUUGGAUGGCUCCUGAAGUAAUGGAACAGGUACGAGGCUAUGAUUUCAAAGCAGACAUUUGGAGUUUUGGAAUCACUGCCAUAGAGUUGGCCACAGGGUCUGCACCUUACCACCGAUACCCACCCAUGAAGGUCUUAAUGCUGACCUUACAGAAUGAUCCCCCCACCCUAGACACGGGUGUGGAGGAUAAAGAGAUGCUGAAAAAAUAUGGGAAAUCAUUUAGGAAGCUAAUAACCCUGUGCCUUCAGAAGGAGCCCGCCAAGAGGCCUACAGCAACAGAACUUUUGAAAUGUAAAUUUUUCCAGAAGGCCAAGAACAGAGAGUAUCUGAUUGAAAAGCUGCUAUGCAGAGCACCGAACAUUACCCAGAGAGCCAAAAGGGAGCCAGAGCAGAAUUCCAGGAGCAUGGGCUCUGUGUCAGGUUCGGAGAAAGAACUUGAUGCCGUCAGAAGGGUGAGGAGAGUUCCAGGGUCCAGCGGCCAUCUGCACAAGACGGAAGACGGAGACUGGGAGUGGAGCGAUGAUGAGCUGGACGAGGGGAGCGAGGAGGGCAAGGCUGCUGUCAAUCAAGGCAGGUCGCGAAGGGUCAGAGAGGAGAACGAAGAUGAAAACGAAGACGAUGAGCAGAAUGCCAACAUUGUUCCCAUUGAAGGGCUAUCCAUUCAGCAUCCACAGGUUCAACCAUUUGAGAAGAACACAGGGCCCUAUAUUCAAGGUGCUCUAAAUAUGGUCCUAAGGCUAAGGAACUCCAGGAAGGAGCUGAAUGACAUCCGGUUUGAGUUCACCCCUGGACGAGACACUGCCGAUGGGGUUUCCCAGGAACUAUUCUCAGCUGGCCUUGUCAAUGGACACGAUGUUGUUUUGCUGCUAACCUUCAGAAAAUUGUAGAUGACCCGACUACCUACAAAGUGUUGACCUUUAAACUGGUCUCUGGCUGUGAUGACACUGAGAUCCCAGACAACGUGAAGUUGAUUGGCUUCGCCCAGCUGAGUGUUAGCUGAUGCUCUCCUCAUCGUUGCCAUAGCAGGUGAGAUGGAGGAGUCAGGUCAGAGCAGACAGUCAGACAGACGCCCCUUCCUUUCUUCCAUUCUCCCCUGCCCCGAUGCCCAGCUCUGUCACAGAUCCACUCCGCUAGCUCCUCCCGCCCCGCCCUGCCACUGGCUCACUGCCCCCUCCGCCCCCCAGGCUAGGUCAUGUGCACGGAACAGGAUUCAGCCAAGAAAACUAAAGAUGUUCUCAGGUGGUAAUAGCUGGGGAUAAAACAAAGUGGCUUAGGGGUUGUGUUUUUUUUAUUAUGUUACUUUGCUUUCAGCGAAGCUCUUACUAUUAUUUAUUGAAAUUAUAAACUUUUAUUUGUUUCUCACCGUUAUGUUGUCAUGGUGACAAAUAUUUGCUUCUUCAACUUCCAUUUCACAGACUACUCAUUUGAGAUCAAGAAAUGUUUCCCUUAGCUCUGUGUUGUAGAAUGUAAGAUUUCAUUUGAUGGAAGAAGCACAUUUUCAUGAUAACAUUAUGAACGUUGUAAAAGGAAUGAACUGUACUGUGUAUAGAUGAACGUAAACCAAUACAUUGAAGGGACCCGUUUUCGUUGAAAGUGAAGGAUAGGUGAAACUUGAAUGCUGCUGUGUGUAAUGUGCUGCUUAUUCAUAUGACAGUGUUGAUGCCUAAAAAUGAUAGAGGUGCCUUGUUCAUUGAUCUGUGCCUAAGAACGUAGGUAAUGUGUGAGACCGCGAAAAGAAGAACUUGUUUAUGUUGGUUGAUUUAAGACCAUUUCACAAACAUACAUCUGUAUAUUCCAGCAGUGAUACAACUCAAUGGUAGUAUUUUCUCAAGUCAAUAGUUAUCCUCUUAAGGACAAGCUACAAUGCACUUUUGGGGCAGAGUAUAUGCACCUGACAAAACAAUGCUUAGCCCUGGGAGACUCACGUUAUGAAUUGUAAUGAGAAUUUAACCUGUAUGCUUUGUCGUCAGACAACAAUGGUCAUUUGAAACAUGACACAAACCAUAAUCCUGUAAUAUGCUUCAGCUGAUGUGUUUUCGGAAGCCAAAUGAAUUGAUAAAGGGCUCUAUUCGAUCAGAUCCGCUUUAGCCAGCAUCCGCAUAGCGGUUGCUUUGUUGGUGUCGGAGGUGGAACUGCGGUAGAGCUGUCACAUCCACAAGUGGCUGCUGGCAUUAUACCUAAAGCGGACAUUGCCAUUGGUGGCACCAAGUCACAUUAAGAGAAAUGCCAUGCAGCCUCGUUUACAAUUUCGAACACUGGAAUGUGAGAUGUCAUCUACACCUCGAUUAGACUGGUAGAAAUGAAUCGUUUAAUGAUUUUCUAUUUGAGCGUCGUCAUAUCUAUAUAGCCUACACUUUCUCAUUCUGAACUUCUAAUGCGAGUGGGACGGGUGUGGCUUCGUGACUAUGAUCAAGAGCAGCUGCUCACCGAUUUGACAGCACCAACUUAGUAACACUUAUGACACCUCCAGAUACAUCAGCUAUGUGGGUGUGGGCUACCGACGGUUAAUGCUUGAUCUGAUUAAAUCUAGGCCAAAAUCUUGAAAAAUGUAGUUUCUUGCUCUGUCUUACUACACUACAAGAUGUUUUUUCCUAAAUAUAUUAGUCUGAAAUGUACUGUAUAACAAUGCAUCUGCAAACGAAACCCAAAGGCAACUAUUGAAAGGUUGAUGAGCCAUUUGUUUGUCCAAACAAGUACAGUAGCUCUAAAUUAUAAUUAUUUUCUAAAUUGAAGUGGAAAAUAAAUAUUAACUUGUACUAAAUACGUUAUUUGAAUAGGUAAAUGAUUGUGUUUUUUAUGUACAGUAUGUGUACCAUUUCUGCAUAUUAUCUUUGUUCCCUUUCUGUAAUCGGCCGAUUAAACAUUUCUGCAGAGGAGCAACAAAUAAAAAUGAAUUGCAAUUAUUAAAACUAA